AUGAACCGGAGACCCAUCCAUCUGGGGGAGGAGCUCGAGGCCGAGUCUGGCAGCGACAAGAGGACAGGAAUCAAAGUGUCACGCUUGCAGCUAUACGAACCUGAGGUAUAUUUGCUACUGGAGAGGAUGGCUAUGAUGGCGGUCAGAGACGAGAAUCACGUCAACGGGUACAUGAUUGGAGGCGUAUCUAGCCACGACUUGGCGAUGAUGGGGAGGAGAUGGCGAUUGAAGGGAUGA